AUGCACACGCACACAGUCUUUUCUCUCCUGAAAUUAAAAAUCAAAGCCAGCAUUCAUACAUAUCCUAAACUCCACUGUCCUAAAAUCAUCCAUUCCAUUCUCAUCAUCAAAACAACAUAUCUCCCAAGAAAUUCAAUGGGGUGCAUCAAAACAUCAAAAAGCAAGCAGCAACUCCUGAUUAUAGCUCUAUUUCUAAUCCUACUGCCAUUGAUCUCAACAUUAAGCUCUUUCCAUAUGUUUUCCCAAGCAACAAUCUUUUUAUAUAUAUUUUGUCCAGGCAGGGAAUUAUCCAGCAGGGUGUCAUCUGAUGGCACCAACUUGCUGCAGGUAAGAAAAAACAAUCAAGAAAGAGUUAGGUUAUUAGUGAUGGGGUCAAGACCUCCAAGAUGUGAUGAAAGUAUGUGCAAGAACUGUGGGCAAUGUGAGGCAGUCCAAGUCCCUAUUUCACCCACUCAAGAAAAUGAUGAUCAGGUGAUGCAACCAAGGGAUGACUUAUUUGCUGCUGCAUAUGACAGAGGAGAUGAUAUCUCUAAUUACAAGCCUAUGUGCUGGAAAUGUAAAUGUGGGGAUUUAAUCAUCAAUCCUUAGAUUCAGACAUUUUUGCAUCAAGAUCCUGUUUAUUUUUUCUUUUUUUGAAUGGGAUUGUGGUCCUUGGACCUUGAAUCCAGAUGGAAGCCACACACCACCAUUCAAGGUGAAGCAGGGCUGUGCACUUAGUCGGGACCUGGGCCCCGUGGACCCGCCAAGAAAUCCUCAUCCUCAUCCUCAUCCCUGUUUGGCAAUUCUAUCUAUUAUGUAUGUAUGUAUGCACCUGCAAUUUUAAGUAUAAAGUAUUCGAAAUUUGAUUAAAUAACAAGCAGAAGAUAAACUUCUUAUCCUCGAAUGGAUAAAUAAGACAUGAGAAUGGGACCUCCUGUUCUCAAUCUCUGAAUCAUUAACUUUAUGGGGCCGUUUUUUCAAUUAAUUAAUUCGUUGAUUCAGAAGAUAUUUUAUACCUUUCAAAAAUAU